GGCAUAGGUGGUACUCGUAGUCCAUCCAGUAGGCACGUUGGACUGGUAGUCUGGACUUCUCUCGAUCGUUUCGCAGAGUUCAACGGCGAUGGCGAUGGCGACGGCUACUCAUUCCUACGGCUAUUCCCAAAUUCAGCCCAAAGCAAGCCAAUUCCGAGUCUUAGCUCGCCAACAGCUUCAUACGUUAACAACCAAACACUCGAAAUUCUUCGUAUCACUCCGAGCUACAAAAAUCGCUUCUUCUACUGCCACUGCCAUAGAAGUCGAGGGAAUUCCGUCCUCCAAGUCCAAAUCUUUGCCUUUUCGAGUGGGCCACGGCUUCGAUCUUCAUCGGCUCGAGCCUGGGUAUCCUCUGAUCAUCGGUGGUAUCAACAUCCCUCACGAUCGCGGAUGCGAGGCGCACUCUGAUGGGGAUGUGUUGCUUCACUGCGUUGUUGAUGCGAUUCUGGGUGCCUUGAGUCUUCCGGAUAUCGGUCAGAUAUUCCCAGAUUCGGAUCCUAAGUGGAAAGGAGCACCAUCUUCUGUUUUCGUCCAAGAAGCUGUGAGGCUCAUGCAUGACGCUGGCUAUGAGAUAGGGAACUUGGAUGCCACAUUGAUUCUUCAAAGACCAAAAUUGAGCCCUCACAAGGAGGCUAUUAGGGCCAACUUGUCUGAGUUGAUUGGAGCAGACCUCUCUGUAAUAAAUCUGAAAGCCAAAACUCACGAGAAAGUUGAUAGCCUCGGCGAGAAUCGGAGUAUUGCUGCUCACACUGUUGUUCUUCUUAUGAAGAAGUGAGUUUUCUUGGAAAUCUAGCUAUUGUACUAAUAUGCAAAUGUAGUAGUGUGCUAUAAAAUUUGCAUAUGAAGAUGCAGUUGGAUGUUUGUACAACUGAUGUAUCUUUUCAGCAUAGAAUACCCAUGAAUAAUCUUUGAAACUCAAGGAAUUCCCUUUUACCAAUAUCGAUUUCGCGACAAAUAGGUUUCGCUCU